UUAUCAAAUGCCUCUGACUUCAAGGACAUUAUUACCUGGACUAAGUACCCCGGUGCAGCCACGCAUAGCGCUGAGCAUACUGUCAAAGCCCCGACAAGAGUUGCUUUCUCCGAGGAGAAUGACGAUCUCGAUAGAACGGCCUGGGGCUACGAGGUUGAAGCAGGCAUGACAUCGUAUUCCUGGACAAAGUUGCUUCUUGACGAGUCCCCGCUUUCCGAAUUUGAUGACCCAGAUACUUACUCCAAAAUGAACUCUGAGAUCAUGCGGCUUCCUAAAAGAAUGUCAGCAAAGGAUGUUGCUAAAGAGUACCUUAUGGGAAUGAGGAAGAUGUUUGACGACAGUGUUGCUAAGUUUGCGGGCUCUCAGCUAGAUAACCUCCCAAUGGAGUUCUGGCUGACGGUCCCAGCCUCGUGGAGCGAAAAAGCAAAACUACUCACUAAAAAUGCGGCCAUAGAAGCAGGGUUUGGCGUCAGGAAAAUUGACAGUAUCAAGCUCAUCUCAGAACCCGAAGCGGCGGCACAUAUGGCGUUGAAGGUCAGCAUCCACCGAUUUGAAGAUUUCGUAAAACCCGGGACAGGUGUUUUAGUAUGCGAUUGUGGUGGCGGUACUGUGGACGUCACAACUUAUGAGAUUGAGAAGUUGCGGCCGACACUCACGCUCCGAGAAACAGUUGUUGGUGUUGCCGGCAAAUGCGGCGGCACUUAUGUGGACCGCAAUCUUCUAAAACUUCUUUCGGAAAGAUUUGGCGAGGCGUUCAAAAGCCUCACACCCGAAGAAAUCGGGCCAGGUAGCAGCUUUAUGGACGCAUUCGAAAGCAAGAAGAAAGAUUUUAGAAUGAAAAAUCCAGCCACUCGGCGACCCUGCAGAAUACAGCUCUAUAUGCCGGGGUUGGGAGUGACGUCUGAACUCGGGCGUUACUAUGAUAGAAAAUCACACUCGGUUCUAUUGGCUCAGGAAGACUUUAAAGGCAUCUUUGAUCCAGUUAUUGAUCGUAUAAUCAAACUGAUAGAAGACCAGAUGAAUAAAGUUGAGAAGAUAAACGAGCGUCCAAUCGAAACUAUUGUCCUCGUUGGUGGAUUUGGGUCUUCGCCAUAUUUGAAUGAGAGGUUGACCGACUGGUGUAAGGUCAAAGGGAUCCGUCUCACCAUCCCGGCCACAGGCGCUUGGUCUGCUGUUGGCUGCGGCGCGGUGCUACGUGGCUUAGAAGGUUCUAUCGUCAAGGAGAAGAAAUGUCGGAAGCACUACGCUGAAAUCAAUUCAGAAUUUUUCACGACUUUCACGGGUAAAAUUGACAACUCUGGAAGAAGUCGUCUUUACUCUUGCAGUUUAGACAUUGCUCCAGAAACCAUCGAAAAUGAGCGCAUUGAGGAAAUUGGAAAAAUCCGGUAUACCUUAGAUGACAUAGAUUGGUCAGAAGUCCCCAAUGUUAAGCGGAUUACGCAAAAUGGAUUGGAUUACAUUCAGAUAGGGCUUGUUCUUAAUAUUCGCCUUGACGAUGAGGUAGGCCAUCUGGUAUUCCGCAUACUUUGUAACGGGAAAGAGGUUGGUAAAGCAGAGUUAGACUUGGAGGGCGAAUGA